UGCGAAUAUAAAUAACCUUCGGGGCGUCUUGCCGUCAGCACUGUGGUUCCACCAAGAUGAAGCUUCUGGUCCUGUGCUCUCUGGUCGCGGCCGCCGCAGCAUGGCCGCACUUCGAAAUGAUGGCGGACUCUCCAGUGCCCCCUGCUUCUAACGCCCAGAAACAGCAUGACGUCAACAGCAUCCUGUGGAAGGUGUACGAGGAAAUCCGCGACCCCCACCUGAAGGAGCUCUCCACGAGCUUCGACCCCCUCUCCGGCCACUAUGACGACGACGGUGUCGCCAUUAAGCGACUCAUGCAGGAGCUCAACGACCACCGCCUGCUGGAGCAGAGGCACUGGUUCUCGCUCUUCAACACCCGCCAACGCGAGGAAGCUCUCAUGCUCUACGAUGUGCUCGAACACUCCACCGACUGGGCCACGUUCGCCGGCAACGCCGCCUACUUCCGUGUUCGGAUGAACGAGGGCGAGUUUGUGUAUGCCAUCUACGCUGCCGUCACCCACUCCGAGCUGACUCACGACGUGGUACUGCCUCCCCUCUAUGAGGUCACUCCCCACCUCUUCACCAACAGUGAGGUCAUCCAGGAAGCUUAUCAAGCAAAGAUGACCCAAACUCCCGCCACUAUCAAGUCCCACUUCACCGGCAGCAAGAGCAACCCUGAGCAGCGCGUGGCCUACUUCGGCGAGGACAUCGGCAUGAACACCCACCACGUCACCUGGCACUUGGAGUUCCCCUUCUGGUGGGACGACUCCCACGAGAACCACCACAUAGAGCGCAAGGGCGAGAACUUCUUCUGGGUCCACCAUCAGCUGACUGUCCGCUUCGACGCUGAGCGCCUGUCCAACUACCUUGACCCCGUCGAGGAGCUGCACUGGGACGAUGUCAUCCAUGAGGGCUUCGCUCCCCACACCAUGUACAAGUACGGCGGCUACUUCCCCUCUCGCCCAGACAAUGUGAAAUUUGAGGACGUGGACGGCGUGGCCCGCGUGCGAGACAUGCUGAUCCUGGAGAGCCGCAUCAGGGACGCCAUUGCUCACGGCUAUGUCACCGGCAAAGACGGUUCCAUCAUCAACAUCAAUGACGCUCAUGGCAUUGAUGUGCUGGGAGACGUCAUUGAGUCAUCCAUGUACAGCCCUAACCCACAGUACUACGGUGCCCUGCACAACACUGCUCACGUGAUGCUCGGCCGCCAGGGUGACCCUCACGGCAAGUUUGGCCUGCCCCCUGGUGUCCUGGAGCACUUCGAGACCGCCACUCGGGACCCCGCCUUCUUCCGCCUCCACAAGUACAUGGAUAACAUCUUCAGGGAGCACAAGGACAGCCUCACUCCCUACACGAAGGAGGAGCUCGAGUUCCCAGGCGUCACGAUUGACGGAAUUUCCAGCAACCAUCGGUUAGAGACCUACUUCGAGGACUUCGAGUACAGCCUCAUCAAUGCUGUCGAUGAUACUACCGAGAUCGACGAUGUUCCCAUUAAAGCACGUGUGUCUCGUCUCAACCAUAAGGACUACUCUGUCACACUCGAGGUCACCAACCAUAACGACCAUGAGGUGUAUGGUGUCGUGCGCAGCUUCGCCUGGCCGAAGUACGACAACAAUGGUGUUGAGUACUCUUUCAACGAUGGACGUUGGAACGCAAUCGAACUGAAUAAGAUUUGGGUCAAAUUGGCGUCCGGGAAAAACGUCAUCACCAGUACAAGCGGUGAUUCGACGAUCACUGUUCCUGACGUGCCCAGCUUCGAGUAUUUGAUUGACGCAGCGAAUGAGGCCCUGAGCUCCGGUUCUGAGCUUCAUCUCGAGGAAUUCGCCAGCGGCCUCGGACUACCCAACAGGUUCCUGCUCCCCAAGGGUAAGAGUGAAGGUAUGGAUUUCCAAGUGGUGGUGUUGAUUUCUGACGGCGACCAGGAUGCUGCCGUCGACGGCCUGCACGACAGCACCACCUUCAACCACUACGGCUGUGCUGACGGCAAGUACCCCGACAACCGCCCACACGGCUACCCGCUGGACCGCCGCAUCGACGACGAACGGAUCAUCACCGGCGUUUCCAACUUCAAGGCCGUGACUAUCAAGUUUUACCACGUCGAGGAACACUAAACUGAUUCCUUUUUAUUUUUUGUUUUUGUGUCAACACACACACACACACACACACACACACACACACACACACACACACACACACACACACACACACACACACACACACACACUUAAGAUUAAUGGUUCACUGUAAUCACUUCAUCCCUCAUGAGGUUUUCGCGGGAACCUUGUUGCUCUUUUCAGCUUUGUUCCAAAAUCUAAAAAAAAUGUAUUAACAAAUUACCUGUUCCGAACACAGAAAAGUAAAUCUUUUAUCUUCCAUUAUAUCGUGGACAGUCGCCAUUACCCUGUACAGUAAUUCGAGAGGCUUAUGCAAAAUGUAAAGCUGAGUUAUAAAUAGACAUGGGUCAGAAUAGUUAAGCGUUGGAAACUUUUCCCACAUCUUCGUCGAUAUGAUGAUCUUUCAAACCGUCGUGGGUCCCUUCCGUUGUGCCCUUUGCCCUCAUCUGUGGUCCUUUUCCUAAGGGUGAGAACCACCGCCUGAGACAAAAUAAUUUGUAACUUGUCAUAAACAAACAAACAAACAAAAUCCAUCUCAACUUCAUACUCACCGAUAUGAAAGUUUAGUAAGAAUUAUUUUUUCUUUCCUUUUCAUCGAUCCAUCUUCAUUUACAUCUUGUAUUAUAAAAAUUACACUCAUGACUUGGGUGUGAUGGGGCAGCGUGCUCACUCCCCUACAGACCACCACCAACCAACUCACCUUAUCUGAAUGUUCAUCAAUAAACUGAUACUGAUA